CAAGAUGGCUCCAGUCUCGGGCCACGUGGGAAAUGGAGAUUUCACAGAUUUACAAGCGGUGAUUGUAACUGAUUCCUUUCGUGAUGACUUUCCUCCGUUGAGUGCAAGUGGGCCGAAGGUGUUGUUUCCCAUUAUCAAUACAGCACUGUUGGAAUAUCCACUACAUCAAGCAUCUCUGGCUGGAGUGAAGGAGUGCUUUGUAUUCUGUCACUCUCAUUCAGAGGCUAUCAAAGAGUAUCUCAGAUCCUCAAAAUGGACUCGAAAGAGUAGUUCACUAGAAAUCAAAGUGAUUUGUUCAGAGGAUGCUCGUUCAAUGGGUGAUGCAUUUCGAGACUUGGAUGCCAAGGCUCUGCUUCAGACCCACUUCAUCAUCUUGCCUGGGGAUUUUGUCAGUAAUGUCAAUCUUCUACCCAUUGUAGAGGAGCACAAGGAGCGAUGCAAGAAGGACAGGGGUGCUGUAUUGACAGUUGUGUAUCGAAAGGUUCCCCCUGGUCAUCCUGCAAGAGGACGCGCCAAUGAAUAUGUUGUAGCUCUUGAUUCCAUCUCCAAGAGAAUCUUGUUUUGUGAGGAAGUGCAACAUGAAAAUCAGGUCCAUCUCCCAUUGUCAUUAUUUGACUCCAGCACCAGCAUCGACAUCCACUAUGACCUUGUGUCUCCUGGGAUUUAUAUCUGCAGUCCUGCUAUCCCACCUCUCUACUCAGACAACUUUGACUUCCAAUGUCAUGAUGAUCUCAUGCAUGGGCUUCUGGAUAAUGAGGAGAUACUUGGCAAUACCAUGUAUGGACAUAUCAUUUCUGACCAGUAUUGUGCUGCUGUGUCAUCUCCCUUUGCAUAUGACUUCAUUAGAAGGAGUCAGCUGGUUGGAAAUGUGGUGAUUGGUGAGGGAACCAGCAUCAGUGAUGAUUGUGUGAUCACUGAUUCUGUGAUUGGUCCAAACUGCAUCAUUGAAAUGGGAGUACAUCUCUCUAGGGCCUACCUGUGGGGGAAUAAUAUAAUCCAAGCAAAUACAAGGGUUACUGGUGGUUCACUUCUUGGAGAUGGUGUCACUGUGGGACCUGAUAUUUCUCUUCCUCCUGGUAUUCACUUAGCAUCUCAACCCCCUCCAGAUGAUGUGGAAUUUGGAAGUCCUCCUCCUGAACCACCUGCAAAGGAGGUGAUUGGUGUAGAUGGGAAGGCAUUUGUGUGGGAGAGAUGUGAAGCUUCAUCAGACGAGGAAGAGGAUGAAAAGGAAGAAAUGAUAGAGGAAGAUUGGGGAAUUGGCUGGCGAAGGAAGCAUGAGGAGAGUGAAGAGUCUAGUGAAGGAGAGGAUAAGUCUGAGACUGAUGGAAGUGGUGAUGAGGAUGAUGAAGAUGCAGAAUUGUCAGGAGUGAUGGCUGCCAGUGAUGAUUUGAAAGCAUUCUAUCGUGAGAUAGAAGAGAGCCUGCGGAUGGGAGUCAUAGAGAAGGUAUCCUGUGAAAACCUGAUCCUGGAAAUCAACUCUUCAAAGUAUGCUUACAAUGUGAGCAUGAAGGAACUGUGCAUCUUGGUGACACGGGCAAUUGUCAGCCUGUCAGCAGAUACAGAAGACCCUAGUGCCUUACUUGCUUCCCUACUUCCACUCCUCACCCAACUGUUACCCUUGUUUCAGCAAUAUAUCAAGGGGAAGGAGUCACAGCUGGACUGCUUAGCAGGUCUUGAGGAGCAUGCAAGAGAACAUCCAGCUUUUGCCCUUGCCUUUAUGCGAGUCUUGAAUUUCCUCUAUGACAAAGAUAUCCUUGCUGAAGAGGCCAUUCUGGAAUGGAAUGCUUCUGGUGUCACAUUGGAAGGGAGUGCUGCAGAAAUUAGGAAAAAAGUUGAACCAUUCAUCAAAUGGCUUAAGGAAGCAGAUGAAGAAUCAGAUUCAGAUGGAACAGGAGAUGAAGAGGAAGAGGAUGGAGAUGAUGAUUGAUUCAGAUGCAUCUCUACUAUGUUAACUUGAUCAUUGAUCUUGCUGUUUUUGGAAUAAAACAGAUGUCUUCUCCUUUCAAGGGGUAUAUGCAUGGGCAGAC